CUCAGACAGACGUCAGACUCCCGCCGGAAGGAAGCGGAGGAGCGCACGCGAGGCGGCCGGCGGAGGAGCUGGGGAGAACGUUGGAGCAUCCGUAACCCGGUGGUCAUGUUUCUGCAGUAUUAUCUCAACGAGGAUGGAGAGCGCGUGUAUACGCUCAAGAAGUUUGACCCUCUGGGACAGCAGACCUGCUCAGCCCAUCCUGCUCGCUUCUCCCCCGACGACAAGUACUCGCGCCACCGCAUCACCAUCAAGAAGCGCUUCAAGGUGCUCAUGACCCAGCAGCCGCGUCCUGUGCUCUGAGGGGCUCCCUGAGACCAUGUGACCUCCGCCCCCCGCAGCCCCUCCCGGA